AUGUUCAGACUCGGUCGCAGCCGCGCAUUGGCGUCAGCCCUUGGCGCGCCCAAGGUUUCUCCCUCAGCCAGACUCCCCAGCAUCGCGCAACAACAACAAAGGAGAGCGCUGAGCAUCCACGAGUACCGUUCGGCAGACCUCCUGCGCCAGUAUGGCAUUGAUGUCCCGAAGGGCUCCGUCGCGACGACGGCGGCUGAGGCCGAGGCGGUCGCGAAGCAGAUUGGCACCGACGACAUGGUGAUCAAGGCACAGGUCCUCGCCGGCGGGCGCGGCAAGGGCACCUUCGACAACGGGCUCAAGGGGGGUGUGCGUGUCAUCUACUCGCCCACCGAGGCCAAGAUGUUCGCCGAGCAGAUGAUCGGCCACAAGCUCAUCACCAAGCAGACGGGCGCCGGCGGCCGUCUGUGCAACGCCGUCUACAUCUGCGAGCGCAAGUUCGCCCGUCGCGAGUUCUACCUGGCCGUGCUCAUGGACCGCGCCUCCCAGGGACCCGUCAUCGUGUCGUCGUCGCAGGGAGGCAUGGACAUCGAGGGCGUCGCCAAGGAGAACCCGGACGCCAUCACGACCACCUACGUCGACAUCAACGUCGGCGUGACGGACGAGAUGGCGCGCGGCAUCGCCACCAAGCUCGGCUUCAGCGAGCAGUGCGUCGAGGACGCCAAGGACACGAUCCAGAAGCUGUACAAGAUCUUUCUCGAGAAGGACGCGACGCAGAUCGAGAUCAACCCCCUCUCGGAGACGUCGGACCACAAGGUCAUGUGCAUGGACGCCAAGUUCGGCUUCGACGACAACGCCGACUUCCGGCAGAAGGAGGUGUUCAACUGGCGCGACACGACGCAGGAGGACCCGGAGGAGGUGCGGGCGGCCGAGGCCGGGCUCAACUUCAUCAAGCUGGACGGCGACAUCGGCUGCCUGGUCAACGGGGCCGGGCUGGCCAUGGCGACCAUGGACAUCAUCAAGCUGAACGGCGGGCAGCCGGCCAACUUCCUCGACGUGGGCGGCGGCGCCACGCCGGCGGCCAUUAAGGAGGCCUUUGAGCUCAUCACCAGCGACCCCAAGGUGUCGGCCAUCUUCGUCAACAUCUUUGGCGGCAUCGUGCGCUGCGACGCCAUCGCGCACGGCCUCAUCAACACGGCCAAGACACUCAACCUCAAGAUCCCCAUCAUCGCCCGCCUGCAGGGCACCAACGUCGAGCAGGCGCACCAGCUCAUCAACGACUCGGGCAUGAAGAUCUUCUCGAUUGACGACCUGCAGAGCGCCGCCGAGAAGGCGGUCCAGCUGUCCAAGGUUGUCAAGAUGGGUGCGUGGCCUCCCUGCUCUCCGGAGGGUUGA